AACUGAAAAUUCGCAUUCCAAAGUCCGUCUGUUCAAACGUGGAAUCACAAUACGAUAAAGGAGUCCUUUCAGUUUGUGUAUUUAGUGUAUUUGCGAAGCAAACUAGAAAUGUAGGAAUCGCACUCGGCAUACAAUGGCCCAUCGAGCCAGCAUGGGAAACGUCACACAAUGUGUAUUCCUAUAAACAUAAAAUAUCGUUACCUAAGAGUCUUCGGUCGUCUCGUGUGGAGUGUGAGGAAGAAAAAAUAUAAGAAGUUUGGCGGCAAAGUGUCAUGGCGGCGAAGGCGGUGAUUGGAUUUAUUUUGCUCCGAGCCAUCUCAGCCCAAGUCCUGUAUAACGUCACGGCGCCCGGCAACGGAAUCUGCGGCACCAUACACUGCCGCACGCUACCGUGCUUGCGCAGCAUCGACUCAUGCGUCACUGUAGUGGGAAACUUUACGUUCAUAUACUUCGGUCGGCCGGAGGAGGCUAUUUUUGACAAUAUCACGUUCUGGAACCUUAAGGAGAUCACGGGCUACAUGGCGAUAUACAUGGUCCCAGAGCUGGACUCCAUCGGGCAGCUGUUCCCGAGCCUGACGCGCAUCCGCGGACGUGACCUGCUGCAUGACUACGCCCUCAUCAUAUACGACAUGAACCAGCUCACUCAGAUCAACCUAUACAGCCUGCUCAAGAUCGACCGCGGCGGCGUGAUAAUCUGGGGCGGGCCGAACACGUGUUACGUCGACACGGUCGACUGGAAGAGGAUCGCGCCGCGGUACAGACACGUGCUCAGUUCGACCAGCAACAAAAUCGCGUGCAAGAACAUUUGCACGUGCACUGAUGAUGCUAGGUUCAACAAGUGCUGGAAUAACAAGAAAUGCCAGCGGUACAUAGAAGGCCCAGAGGCGAUGACAUGCCACGAGCAAUGCCUCGGCUGUCGCCUAUCCGACCCCAAGGAAUGCACGCUGUGUCGCUACUACACGUACGAGAAACAGUGCGUGUCCAAGUGCCCAAACAAUACAAUAAUCUUAGAAGAAAACCAAUACUGUAUCACAGAAGAAGAAUGCUUAAGCCUGAAGCGCUGGGUGUGGAACAACAGUUGUGUGAUCACAUGCCCGGAUGACUACAUCAAGAAAAACGUAACGACUGAUAAAGUUACCUGUGAACAUUGUUCUACGUGUAAGGAGUACUGCGGAAACAUCACUAUAGAAUCAUUGGGAAGUAUUCAAGCAGCCCAUCGCUGCGUUUACAUCAACGGAUCCCUAACUAUCCACAUACGAGCCGUGUCAGAAGCCCUUGAAGAAAUGAAGAUACACCUCAGCAAAAUACAAGAAGUGGACGACUACAUCGCCAUACACGACUCCUUUUCUCUAGCAAGAAUCGACUUCCUCCCUUCCCUUAAACGUAUUCACGGAAAAAUACUUAAAGACAAUAAAUACAGCCUCUUGAUUCGCGAUAAUCCAAACCUUCAAACAAUUUUUCUUCCUAAUGUAACAGAAAAACUCCAAAUAGAUAAAGGCUCUAUAAGCAUUCUUCGUAAUCCAAUGCUAUGCAUGAGUGAAUUGGAUAAAAUAAAGAAAACAUUUCCACAACUGUUUAACGGUACAGAGGAUAAGCCAUAUGGCUACGGCUUGAACGCAUACAGUGGGUGUGAAGAGGUCCCACUUGGAGUAAUUGUAAAACAAGUUAACCAAACAUCUGCGAUCGUCAAAUUCAGACCCAUGUUUAAUACUAAUAUGCACUAUACAAUUCUUUACGUCCGCAUCCCAGCAGGGGAAUCUACAUCAGUCGUUCCAGAGAUUUGUAGCAAAUAUGAGUGGCGCGCUAUUAAACCUCCUGACAAUACCUAUCGAGUACAGCUCACGAAUCUCCGACCCGCUUCCACAUACCUCGUCUGUAUUGAAUCAUAUGACCUCGAGGAGAAACACCUUAAACGCAGUUCCAUUGUCAAGUUUACUACGGCUGUCGGGAAACCAGAACCACCAUUUUUAAUGGAACUCGUAGCGGAUAACCCUCAUUUAGUCGUCCUUCAUUGGGCGGAUCAUAUAGAUUACCUUCCUCAUAUCACACGAUAUGAGCUCAGUGUCGCGCUUGUAGAAAUAUACCCUGAAGAUGUUACUGCGAGAAAUCAAUGUGAGCAUUUAGAUGACGUUUUGGAGGAGGUGGAUGAGAUCUGGCAACAUGCGGUGGUUAUGAGACCACCACCUAACUACGGUAAAGGCUGCGAAUCGAUGUGUGGUGUGCUAUCGAGUACCCCUCACGGUGCUUUGGUAGAAGAAGAUUUUGAUAUCUGCAGUUCCAUGGGAUCCGCGUGCGACGAAGUAGAAGAACUGCCAGUAACCAAUAUUUCUUUGGGCUUCUUCGUCCGGACGUUGUCUUUAAAUAUCAGUGCGCCAAGAAACGCUUAUCAAGUCGGAGAUUUGGCUCCGUACAGGGAUUAUAGGUUUCGAUUACGUGCCUGUACAAAGGACUUUUGCAGCAGAUCGACUAGAGGCGUGGUGAGGACGUUACCAUCGAAGAAUGCUGAUGUGCCUUCUAUCAGCACCACCGAGCUAAUUAAGCCUGGACUUAUAUCAGUCUCUUGGACUGCACCAGAAGUAUCUAACGGUCCUGUACUAGCGUAUUUUUUGAAAAUAAUGCCUGAUAAGAAUGUUAGUGACUUGGGAACACUACAGACUCAAAGGUGGUGCGUACCCGCCAAUCAGACAACGGUAGUUAUACAGUUUGAAAAAGACGAAAACUACACUGUUCAAAUAUGCUCAUUGACACUAGCAUCUCAGUCUGGGUGCACAGGACGGAAGAAGGUGUCUGGAAGAGAGUACCUUCUAGAAUUCACGUCUUCAUUUCACUCUAGUGAUUUGACGUGGGCAGGAGUGUUUUUUGCUGUUUGUCUGUGCAUAAUGUCUGUGCUAGUCGGGUUUUUGUGGGCGACGUGCAGAGUGCGGAGUAGUGACUCUUUGCCUCUUGUGGAUAUUACUUCGAGUUAUCGGACUGAGAGUGAGCCCCCAAUAUUUUCUUUAUUAGAUUUUACUCCUUCGUUACACGUGUCCCGGACCGAUAUAAUCGAUAGGUAAAUAAUAAUAAGAGCAUAGUGG